AAAGAACUAAGCUUAGGGUAACAUCUUAAGGUCAUAACUUUCCUCCAGUAGCGAUUUCAGCAGUAAGAUGCCAUAUGAGUAGGCGUAACAGCAUAUUUUCCAUCACAUAAUUUUCGUAACGUCUCACGUAAAAAUUAUUAUUUUUUUGGGAAACGAAUGUGUCAUAACGUUUUAAAAAAAAUUCUCUGUUGGCCAAAAACAGUGCAAAAAAUUACUCAAGUGGAUAUAAAACCAAAUAGGCAAAAUUUUCGUAGAUGUUAAGGCCAUCAAAGGGGUCGCUAGCCACAAGACAACGCACACUUGGAUUCCGUCCGCAAAAUCGAGAAAGAAUACCAUCCACAUCGAUGGGAUUGGAUUUUGUAUUGGAUGAGAAGAGGGAAGAUAUGCCCGAUGAGAAGAGCAGCUAUGUCAGCUUGUCCCGACAGAACUCCAAUAUCCAGGAUUCGAUGAGUGCCAGCAGUUUGGGCUUCAGAGAUCAUAGUAGUUCUGGUGUAAGACCCAAGAAUAGCAAGGAAAUCAAGGAAGUUGAUCUAAUCAUGAGUGAUGGCGAACCAGAACCAGAAGAUUAUCGGGAAAAUGGGGACUCGGAGCGGAGGUUACCCAACUCAGAAGCUAUUGGAAGCAAGCUGAAGGAGGAACUCUGCAAAUACAAGCAGGAACUCAAGGAGUACAAUGAAACCACCAAGGAUCUGGAGGAAAAGUAUAUGAAAAUCAAUUACGAGCUGUCCGAAAUGCAACAGAAACACCAUGACUUUGUAUCCAGCCGGAGGCAAACUUCGGAAAUGAAUAUGGGAAGUGAAGCGGAUCCGCAUAGUUUCUAUAGCUCGGCCAGCAGUGUGGCUUCACAAAUGACCAUCCGACGAAAGAGUCCCCAAAUCCUGCGGAGCAAUACCAGUUUCAUGACCGUUCUAUCCGCCCAGAGUUCCUGUGAUCAAAUCGGCCGAAAGAAGUACUCAUCCGAAAGGAGUGAUCAUCGGCCGAAGCAUCGGGGAAACAAAGGCAGUCUCUCAUCCCAGGUAGACAGUGUUUUCAAUAGCCGAAUUGUGGAAACACUGGCCAAUCGUCAUGUGAAACGUAGGAAAAGCUCUUUGGAGCAAGAGGAUCGGGAGAGGGAGCCCGCAUCUUUCAAGGACGUGUAUCAUGUGCUGAAGGAUGUGAUCAACACCUCACAGGACCACAAGUACAAGCACGAACGGGAUCGGGAUAGAGACAGGGACUCGGGAGACCUCAGCCAACUGCUGACCACCAUUAAGAGCCUGAAGAGCGAGCAGCUCCAGUUCCAGACUCUCAUUCGCCAGCAACAGGAGCGGAUUGCCGACUACCAUACGCGGUGUCUCAAGGCCCAUGACAUUAUGAGCACCCAAAAGCACGAGAUUGAAAAGCUGCACGUGAAUAACAAGCAGCUGGAGUCGAGCAUCUAUCACGACAUCGACAGUCUGCGAUCCAAGAUAGACACCAAACUAAAGAGUGUGUCCCAUUUGCCCAAGAUGAUGCGGGACGAGCACACCAAGUACGAGAAGGUAAUGCGGGAAAAUUGUCUGCUGGCGGAUAAACUACAUGCCCUCCAACAGGAAGCCAUGAAACUGAAGGUCAAGAUCGAUGAUCUGGGCCGAAGAAAGCUCGUCACCAUCAAUAGGCUAAAGGCCGCCGAAAGGGAUCUGAAGAUAUUCAAGAACUACAACUCGGCGUUGAAGACGGAGAAGCGGAAAUUAACGCAGGAGCUGUCCACAAUGAAGGAUCAACUGGAGCAGCUCCAGGCGAGUAGUAAGCGGCAACUUUCCCGCCAUCGCGAGCAGAGUGAAAAGCAGCGCAGAGAUCUGCAGAAAAAGAUCUAUGAUCUUGAGCUGAAACUGAGCAGGAGCCAGAACUCCACGUCCAGUUUGAUCCAGGAACGGGAUAGCCUGAUAGCCGAACUCCAGACGCAGCUGCACACCUUGGUCCACAAUUUCGAAGUGUCGCAGAAACAUAUAAGGGUUCUCCGGCGGCACAUCUACUCCAUGACGAAUCCUGGUGGUGCGGGCAUCGGAUGUGGUGGCGGUGGAUCGGCUGGCAUUGCCCACCUGCCUGGAGGUGGUUCCCAUCGACCUAGUCUGAUAAGGAUAAAUCAGCAGGCUUCUAGCACCGGACGGCUCGGUAGCCCGCGAACGCUGAAGGCCAAAAUCUAGAAGCUCUAGAACUAGAUCGGGUCCUUCAGCUGUCCAGGCAACUUGAUGAUAUGGUUUAAGUGCUGACAACCGUAUUAUCAAGUUGCCUGGAUAUUCUCCCCCGUUAUCGAGACACCAAUACU